AUGCAAUGGCGUACAACGGUACAAGUACAGGGCUCGCUCGGAAAAGUACUUUAUGGAAAGACAACGCACGCUGUUUUGACACCGCGUAAUAAUAUCUGGUUGAGUGAUGCCUCCACUGCCACAUUCCGCAGGGCCUUGAUCGUCCCUUUGGCGCAUGCCAUUGUAUCAAACUCAUCGACGCGAGCGAUCAAGGCCCUAAAGCAGUUUCGCUCCCGUAUCCAUACUGACCGCCUUGUUCCCGCCGACCCGGCGAAAAUCGGGGCGACCUCGUCCACGAUAAACCAGAUGAUGGUCACCUGGCUCGUCCGGCAAGCGUUGCCAGCCUUCGCCGAAAUCGCCAAGAAGUCGACCCGGACCCAUCCGGUGCAGAUUGACCUCAGUGUCUCUCGCCGUGUUGUUCAUUGGGACGUGGUCGCGAUGGCGGGGAACCGCAGAGAGGGUGAAGAGGUUGGGGAUGAAGACAUCCAAUUUCUGAGGACAUCUAAAUACAUCGACAUCCUCAUCGACAUCGACACAUAG